AUGACAAAUGCAUUACCAUUUCGUGGAUAUGAUGAAACGGAAAAGUCUAAUAAUAAAGGACUUUUCAUUAAAGUCUUAUCUUUGAUUAGAGAAGAUAAUGAGAAGAUUUUUAAAGUUACUUUAGAAAAUGCUACACAAAAUGAAAAUUUGACUUCUCUCAUGAUUCAAAAAGAUAUUUUCUAUUGCUUUUCACAAGAGAUAAUCAAGUCUGUUUGUGAUGAAAUUGGUAUAGAUGUGUUUACUUAUUUAGUUGAUGAGUCUAGUGAUGUUUCCAAAAAAGAACAAAUGGCUAUAACUUUGAGAUAUGUUGAUAGACUUAGGAUUGUAAAGGAAAGAUUUAUUGGAGUUGUUCACAUGUUUGAUACAUCUUCAUUGACUCUUAAAGCCACCAUUGAUAACGUAUUUUCCAACAAUAACUUGAGUAUGGCUCAGGUGAGGGGACAAGGUUAUGAUGGAGGAAGUAAUAUGAGUGGUGCAUUCAAUGAUUUGAAAUCUUUGAUUUUAAAUAAAAAUAGUUAUGCACAUUAUAUACAUUGUUUUGCAUACCAACUUCAAUUAGUGGUUGUGGCAGUUGCAAAGAAACAUGAUGAUGUUGAAGAAUUCAUUGAACAACUAGCUAUGGUGGUUACUGUCAUUUGUGGGUCUUGUAAGAGAAAAGAUAUGAUACGAGAGAUGCAAAAAGAAAGAGUGGCAGUUGAAAUUGGUAUUAGUGAAACUGAACCAGGAAGAGGGUUGAAUCAAGAGAUUUCUCUUAUUCGAGCUAGAGAUACUAGAUGGGGUUCACAUUUUAGAACAAUUAUAAGUUUGGUGAAUUUGUUUGCAGAAGUUGUUGCGGGACAUAUAAUACCUUUGUUUCUAUAUAAGUUGAUAAGAUUAUGGUUACAAACAAUAAUGAGAAAUAAAUCACAAAGCUCAAAUCAAAGAGAGUAUGUAAACGAAAUUCUCAACGAAUUUGAAUGUAAAGGUUUUGCUCUUAUGCCUCUACCAUCCAAUGGAAAACUUCUUUCAGGACAAGGAACACCAUUGGAUUUACCAAAACUAUACUCAGUUUGUAACACCCGUGUUCCAGAUUGGUUAAGCCUUUUGUCUUCACAGACGAAAGAUGGAGUUUUGAAGAAAAGUCUGCGCCACGACGUGGUGCAAGGAUGCCCACGACCUGGCCAUUUCGGAAAGGAACAUGCGUUUUAUGGAGCUGCCAUGGCAUUAGAUAAAGUCGCCAUGGCAUCACAGCUAUUCAUGCCCAAGCCUGUGUAUAUUUAG